AUGCUCUGGACUGGGGUCCUUACUUUAGGUACUACGACAGCCAAUGUCAAGCCGCAUUGGACGAUUGUCAUGGCCAAAACGCACCGAGAUAUUCUCAACCUGAUACACCUAUUCGACAAUGGCGCGUCUCGAGAAUCUAUCAAGGAGUGUCUGAUAGCGGGAGCUUCCACACAUCAUCGCCCCAACGAAGACGAGAUGCUAGACGGCGCUAUUGAUCUGGCAGCUCGGCUGUAUCUGAUGGUCAACGUUGCAGCGCAAGUGCGAAUGGUGUCAGAACAAACGCGUUUGGAAUGGACUACAGGUAGCUUAGAAGUGGCUCUGCAAACACAUUUCCAGGAGCCUCAGGUCCUUGACCAUAUGGGUCUCAGGCUCGACCCAAUGUUUACAGUUUGCAACCUAGAACGCAUUGCGGGUAUAAAGAUUGUACCGACCGACAACCUUGCAGAUCAUCUGAGAAUGGUGGAUCGUGAUGGGACACUCGCUGUUUUCCACAAUGUGUCAUUCCUCAAGCGGCACGUAAGCACCGUACUGCCCAACGAACUCGUAGCCGAAACGCUUCGGACACUUUCACUCCUCUUCCCGUUGAACGACCAAGAAACACAGAAGUGGCCUAAGAAGCGGACCAACUCCUUAGAUUUGGACAAAGCAUUGGCUAUGUGUGCUCCGCUGAAACCACAUGAUCGAGAGUUCGAGAAGGUCACUUUCUGGCAUGACCGACUCGUCAUUUUAAAACAGGCUUUCGAUCAGUCUCGACCUUCGACCAUCCUCCAAUGGUGGCAUGACCGUCGCAACGGAGUCCAAUGGUACACGUUCUGGGUCACAAUCAUCGUAUUGUGUCUGACGAUUUUCUUUGGGCUAGUGCAAAGCAUUGGAGGGGCUUUGCAGGUCUACAAGGCUUUUCACCCAACAUAG